UAGCAUAAUAGAUUAAAACUCACCAAGGGAAGAGAAACUGGAAGGGGACCGAGGUAUGAGCCAUGACAGGAUGUCACGAUUCUGAACAUUAAUUAUUUGUGCUGCAUUCGCAAGAGACCGAAGAGCCUCCGAAGAACUUGGGAAAAUGAUGCUGCAAACAGCGUUUUGGCUGUUGUUGGGCUUGCUGUUCGUUUGGCUGUUGUUCAAUUACCUUAGCAAAAUCAUCGAUUCUUUGUGGGAGAUCUUGACGCUUUUCAUCGACACGAAACCGGUCGAUUUACGCUCCAAGUUUGGCGAAUGGGCAGUGGUGACAGGAUCUACCGAUGGAAUCGGCAAAGCUUACGCGAAGGAAUUGGCCGCCAGGCAGAUAAAUUUGGUGCUGAUCAGCCGAACGUUGGAGAAAUUGGAAAAAACUAGAAACGAGAUUUUGCAAGAUAAUCCAACGAUCGAAGUGAAAAUCAUCGUGGCGGAUUUCAGCAAGGGAAAAGAAAUCUUUGCGAAACUUGCCGAACAACUGAAGGACGUUCCUAUAGGAAUCUUAGUGAACAACGUGGGUACGCAAUAUAGCUACCCGAUGUAUCUUGGGGAAGUUCCGGAGGAUCAAUUGUGGGACAUCAUCAACGUGAACAUCGGCGCCACCACGUUAAUGACACGAUUAGUUAUCGGACAAAUGCAAGAACGUAGAAAAGGAGCGAUCGUCAACGUGUCGUCUGGUUCGGAACUGGUACCGUUGCCGUUGAUGACCGUGUAUGCGGCAUCAAAAAUUUACAUUAGAAGCUUUACCGUUGCCCUCAGAGCCGAAUACUCUAGAUUCGGAAUAACUAUACAACAUUUAUCUCCAUUCUUCGUGAACACGAAGAUGAACGCGUUUAGCGAUCGACUACAGGUAUCCACCCUACUUGUGCCUAACGCAGUAACUUAUGCGAAAAAUGCGAUCGUCACUCUUGGAAAAAUGAAUUCGGCUACAGGGUACUGGGCUCACACAAUUCAAAAGAUUUUCACGUUAACUGCUCCGGAAAACCUUAGAACAAAAAUAGGAUUAUUUAUCAAUCGAGGCUUCAGGCAAGAUUAUAUAAAACAGAAAAGAACCAACUAAAUACACCGAUAAGACUCGCAUUAUUUUAUAUUAAAAUUUGUUUUUCUUAUAUUGUUCUAUUUCGUUAUUUGUUAAUUUAAUGUAAUUUAACGUAUAAUUUAGAAGUUUAAGCCGGAAGGAGAGCAAUUUUGUUUGAAAGAAAGUAACCUGAUUCGUGUACGUAUUAUUUAAAACUAAAAUACAAUUAAAUGUUCGUUAAGAAUCCCAGUAUUAUAAGAUAUAUCAAUUCUAAUAUAUGUUACAAUGCAUUUAACAUAAAAUAAUAUGUACAAUUUCAUGUAAUAACAAUUUGAAUCCUUUUCAAAAUUCCCGCGUAACGUGUAUCUAAUAACAUUUAUCAUCUAAAAGCGAAUGAAAAUUUUUUUAAGGUAAGAAGAUUAUUGUUAUAUUAUGAAAAAUGCAUUAUUAAACAAUAACAAGUGAAAAAAUAUUCUUAAGGUGAUGGGAGCGUCAAGGGCGAACUUCGAAUUCCGCGUCGGUAAAACAGUCAACGUUUCAUCGAAAAUUAGGCCAAACAGAAACUGAUUUCAGCGCUACCUUAGUUAUUGCAUCCAACUAACGGCAUGCUAUUCUACGUCACUUUUCGCAUACACCUAAAUGACACACGGAUGCUACGAUAGCUAUAUGUAUUAUGUACGUUACAACCAAAGUAUAAAAUACGAUACUGCACACAUGACCUAGGAAAUGUAUGAAUGACCUAACUCCUUCAGCCAAAUAUUAUAUACAUAUACAUUUCUUGUAAUAUAACAUAACCAAGGGAAGAAUAUUCCUACAAAUC